AUGCUGCCGGCGGUGAGCGUGUCGUCAGGCUCGGUCUCGGUGUCGUCGGCGCGGAGCAUCCCGGAGCUGUACGAGGAGAGGGGAGCCAGCACCGAGUUCGGGUUCCGGGAGCUCCGGACCGCUACCAGCGACUUCAGCCGCCUGCUCAAGGUCGGCGAGGGCGGCUUCGGGAGCGUUUACAAGGGCGUCGUUCGGCUACCUGGCGGGCCCGCCGGCGGCACGGUGGUUGCCAUCAAGAAACUCAAUCCCAAUGGUCAUCAGCUCAUUGGGUACUGCGCUGCUCGAAGCGAGCGAGGUCCUCAGAGGCUACUGGUCUAUGAGUUCAUGACGAACAAGACCCUGGACGAUCAUCUAUUCAAUAAAGCAUACCCCGUCCUUCCAUGGAACAUCAGGUUGGAGAUAACACUGGAUGCCGCUGAGGGAUUGCUGUACCUCCAUGAGGGAUUAGAAGUUCAGGUCAUAUAUCCCGAUUUCAAAGCUUCAAAUGUCCUGCUGGACGAAGAGUUUAGAGCAAAACUUUCAGAUUUCGGACUGGCAAGGGAAGGGCCAUCAGCUGGUGAUACCCACGUCUCUACAGCAGUGUUAUGGGGGACCUCGGGCUAUGCAGCUCCAGAUUAUGUUGAGACAGGCCAUCUCACUACAAAGAGUGAUGUGUGGAGCUUUGGAGUAGUUCUAUAUGAGAUCCUCACUGGACGACGCUCAAUGGAGAGGAACCGUCCCAAGAACGAGCAGAAACUUCUGGAAUGGAUUAUAGAUAAAAGGCAUGAGGGCCACUACUCUAAGCAGGGCGCUAGAAAAAUUGCCAAGUUGGCCAACAGCUGCCUUGCAAAGCAGAGAAGGGAUCGUCCAACAAUGAGAGAAGUGGUCGAGAGCCUGAAGCAAGCAAUGCAGCACAAGGAGUUAGAUGGGAAAACAGGGAGUUUGGGUGAGACUUCACCACCAGAGGAAGUAUCUGGAAAACCAACCCCAGAGGAUGUUGCCGUGGCAUCUGCAAGGCGGAGGAUGCUUCAUCUGGCUGCCCUAGGUGAGAAUGCAAACAGCAUUGUGAGGAGAUUUAUGCUCAUGAGGACUGCGGCUACUCCAACUCCUACAUAA